AUGGUUGAGCAGCAGUAUAUUGCCCCAGGUCUACCCCAUUCGGAUGGUCUCUCGGGAGCUUCCAACUUGCACGACGCUGUCCCAACGACUGCUGCCCUGCCGGCCUCCCCCUACCCUGACUUGACUCCAUACGCAUCUGUCUCCUCCUCCUUCAACAGCAUCCCUGGCCAGUGCGAUUCGUCGCUCUUGACUCCCAUCUCAGUUGCUGGCUCUCCUCCUCUGCACCAGGUGUCUAAAAUUGCACACCAGCAGUAUCCUCCUCCUCCAACGACUCCUAACCAGCAGCCAACCCCUCCGGGAAGUUCCAAGAUGUACCACCAGCAGUGGCCGGGCCAAUUCGACGUCAACGGCCAGUCUCCCCAAACCAGCUCGCCAAUGACUUCUCAGCCCCCAGUGACUCAAGAGUUCCUUGACCCCAACUAUGUCCACGAGGGCCGCCGAACUCCAGGACCGCCAGAGCCCUACAUGGGUAACUUUGGUGUGUCGACUGGACCCGAACCGCAGACCAUGAACCAACCCUACUACCUCAGUGUAGCAGCUCCAGUCGACCAUCAGAACCAGAUGAUGAUGCGAGAAAGCCAACACAUGCCCAUGGGAAUCCACCACCGCGAGAUGCCCCAUGCGCCUCUGUUGCAUGAGCCUCACCCUUCCCAGUUCCGCCAGCAACGCCGACCCAGCAUGGAAGACCAGGGGCUGCAUGGUUUGCCAGCAGAUGUCCCUCGCUCUGUUACUGGAUCUCCCCGCCGGCGCGUUUUACAGGCCCCCAAUCGCGUCAAGAAGCGCCAGUCCAAGAGGUCUGGCGCAGCCCGGAACAUUGUGGCAGAAGAUCCUCUUGACGAACACAAGAACUGCUUCGGGCAAGAAGUCCCACCCAACCUGAAGAGCAGCUGUCCCGAAGAAGAGCGCUGCAUCUUUGAAUCGCGAUGGCAGCACCGCCACCAAAAGGGCCAGGACAUGUGGGAGAGCAUCCAGAACGACUUCAAGGACCGAUUCCACAAGUGCCCCGGCAAGGAAAUGCUGCAGAUGAAGUUCAAGCGUGGCCGAUCCAAGUAUAUCGAUUGGAUCAACAAAGAUGAGGAACUUCUCCGUGAAGCUUGGAUGAGAGUCGAAAAGAACCGGUACCAGAUGAUCCUCGAGGCAUUCUUCGAGUUAGGCGGCUCCCGAAACAUGCGGUUAAGCGCCAGCGAUAUCGAGGUCAAGGUCGUCAACGACCUGAAGCUUGAGGAGGGACUGUACAUGGAGUCACACGGCGAUGCCAAUAUCCGACGACGUCGCAAAUCCCUGUCAACAAGAAAGCGCUCGGGCGCUCGCGGAGUCGACGACAGUGACGUCCCGACCAACGACGAAAUGAUGAGCGUUGGCUCACACAACACCCAUGAGGACGAGGUUAUCAACCAAGUCCAUGGCCCCUUCAAGCUCGAUGACGAGGCCUCCGCAAACCCCAACAACAUGAUGGAAAUGCAUCUAUGGGACCAGCAGAUCAAGAUGGAGCCCGGAGUAAUGCAACAAAGAAAUGACCGUAUGCAACCAAUGAUGAGAAUGAGUCCAGGAUCGCAGGCCAUGUACGGAGGACGGAGAGGAUCUUAG